AUGAAUUCAAAACAACUUCCUCUUCUUUGUUAUUAUAAAAUUAUUCAAUACGCACCCGACUCCAUACGCUUUGUUUCUAAAAGAAUUUUUUAUUGUUUUAUUUAUCAAUCACCAAAAUGUGAUUUAGAAAUCUUAAAUUAUUCUCAACAACAACAACUCCCUCUUGAAUUAAGAAAACUUGUUGUUGAUGGUAUUUUUAUUAGUAAAAUCGCUAAGCAAUUAGAAAAAUGUCAAUGGCUUCAAUGCUUAAAAAUAGUACGAUGUGAUGCAAGCAAUGAAAUUAUACCUUCAGUUAAUAUACAUCAAGUAACUUAUUUAACAGUAGAAGGUCUAAACAUUAAAAGAAUAAAAUGUUUGAUAGAAUCAAUAAAUAAAGGUAUUCUUAUAUUAGAUAAAUUAGAUAAUGAAAUUUUAGUUAAUCCUAAAGUUAAAAUAUAUCUUUCUCAAAGAAAAACAUUAGGAAAAAGAUGUUCACUAACUGUUGACAGAAUCUAUCACAAUGAAGACUUGGUUCUUUCUUCCAACAAUUGGAAUUUAAAGAAAGCAAAUAAUAUCGAUCAACUUAUUCAUAACUACCUCCCUUUUAAUAUGCAAUUAAAAUACUCAAAAGAAUGUCUUAAAAUAAAAGAUUAUGAUUUGUUAUUUAAUUUAAUAAUAAGAGAUAGUUGGCAAUUCUUAUUUUCUCAUUCUCCAAUUGAUUUAAAACAACUUCAUAUCAUUCAAUAUAAAAUAAUAAAUGAUUCUAUACUUAAAUUAAAUAAUACAACUCAUUUAACAUUGGAUGUUCUUCAAGAAAAUUCUGAACGUUUUAUUGUGAAACACCCAAAACUUUUAAUUGAUGACACUUCAUUAGUUCACUUAUCUUUAAUUCAUCCAGAAAUACCUCCUAUCCAAACAUUCACUAAUUUAAUUUCUCUUAACCUUGAAGAUUGCGUUGGUUCUCUUCAAUGUCCUAAAAGCAUUCGUUCUAUAAAACUGUCUCACUCUUCUUUUGAUCUUGUUGUAUUCUCUAUUUAUUUAAAACACUUAGAAAUGAACAAUGUUUUUGCUUCUACAAUGAACUUUGAACAAAGACUUGGAAAUCCACAACUUGAAUCUAUUCUUUCUAUUGACACUGAUUGUUCUUCUUUAUUCCAGUUUCCUAAACGACUAAUUUGUUUGACAAAAAUGGUUAUGACAAAUUCUUCUUUUAAUUCAUAUCUUCCUCCUUCAUUAAAAUAUAUUGAAUCAGAUAAUAUUAUUAAAUUUGAUCUUGUUAAAGACUUAUCUCAACUAACAUGCAUAUUAAACAAUGGAAAUAAUGUUUUUAUUCCUCACAUUAGUUCUUUUAUUGGAAAUGGAGAAUUUACUGAGACAUUAUCAAUAAGUUCUGAAUUUAUUCAACUUCAAGGAGAAUUUGAAAAUAUUAUUCUUGAACCUUCAGUUCAAUCUGUUAAAAUAAAGAAAAGUAUCAUUGGUUCUCUUAGAUUCAAUACUACAUUAAAGACUCUCUCAAUGAACAAGGUUUUUGAUAAAGAAGACAACUAUUUUGAUUUAUCAACAACUAACUUUUAUUCGUUAACUCAAUUGUGUUCGUUACAAUUAAUUAAAAUCAAAUUUGAUGAAAGUAAAUUACCUAAAACUAACUAUUUGUAA